GCCAAAAAUUCCAAAGAAGAAGAAGAAGAAGAAGAAGCCACCGCCGCCGGAAACUUUGGCUGUGGUCCGUGUUGAUGAUCUUGUGCCGCGGUCGGUGUUGAAGUUUCGUCCUUUGACAGCAUUUAUUCAGAUCACGUGCACCAUGCUCGAUCCGUUAGAAAAUGACUCUGACAUUCCAGAUUAUGAGCACAUAGAGGACGAGAGAUUCCCUCCUCUCCCUCCUCCUCCAUCGCCUGGUCAAGGAGACAUCGAGGAGGAUCCUUUUGGCAAUGGAGAGGGUGAGGAGGAAGGAGAAGUGUCAAAACUAGCAGAAGUGCCAGUGGCAAAAAGACGAACAGUGAAGAGGCCUCAGCCUAAACUGGAUGCAAACAGGUUGAUUUCUGAGAAGGGUCUUCCAGCUUUGCGUACUUUAUUUGAAGAUGUUAAGUUCAAAGGCAAAGGGCAUGAGGCAGAGAAUCUGAAGCUCCUUUUGCAGAAAAUGGAAAACUGGGCCCAUCGCCUAUAUCCUAAAAUGCAGUUUGAGGAGUUCAUUGAUAAAGUGGAGAGUCUGGGCGGUAAAAAAGAAGUUCAGACAUGUCUGAAACGAAUUCGAUUGGACAUGCCAAUAACACAUGAGGACUACGUUGAGGAUGCUGAGGUUCGAGUACCGGAAGAGUCUGAUCCAGUUGGAGACGAAGGUUUCCCUGAAGACCCGUUUGUCCAUUCUACUCCUGCUCCAGCCUCUCUCACGGAGGAACAGCAGCAGCGCAUAGAGCUCAACAAACAGCUGGCUCUGGAGAGGAGACUUGCGAAGCAGAAACAGUUAGAAUCCUCACAGAAUUCCAUCCAGGCAGAUGCAGAUGAACCAUCAACCAGUUCUUCAGGACAGUUCCUCAGUCAAGAGAAUCAGGGCACUUUCGAUCAGAGCACCUCAGCCCAUACGCCACUCAAACAAAAGUCAGCUGCGCUUCAGAAUUCCCCUUUAUAUGAUAAUGAGUGUGCUAGUCCAGUUCCAAAUGGCAUAGUUGACGAUGAUGAUGAUAGCAAUUGAACCAAUCCUCCCCGUUUGUACCAAGGGGACUGUGAAUAAAUUGAGUGUUUUUGGGAAGGGCAAUUGCAAUCAGAUGGGCUUUUCCAUGUUUAACCUCUUCCCAGUCAUAUACCAAAUACCUUUUGCAGCUUGUUGGCAUGUUUUGUAAUGCCAACCCAGGGCUUGUUCACCACAAUGAUCUUAUACACACAUUAAUCUAGUUCAGUUUGCUUGCAUUUUGUCAUGUCAUUUCUUUCAUCCUCUGAGGUUUUUGGAAUAUAUUUGCUCAUAUUGAAAACAUUUUCCUUCAUUUUAUUCAUAGGUUCACAGUAAUCUCUGUGAACCUGAGAAUAAAAUCGCCACUUGGCUGAAGUUUAUUAUAAUGUCCCAAUGUAAGCACACAAUACUGCAGGAAAAAAAGUGAGCCUUUGAGGGUUUUUUUUUUUUGUAAAUGUCAGUUUGUCACCACCUUGUAAUGUUACUGUUAUGUUUAUCCCUGUUAUUUCAGUGUACAUUAUUUUAUUUUUUUCUGAAUAAAAAUGUUAAUGUAGAAAACCA